AUCUAACGGUACGGGAGCCGGCUUAUGUUUCCCCUAAAAUCAGGCGGAUGACGCCUAGCAAGCGCCUGGUAACCAUCGAUUCCCGGAAACCGCUUAUGCUUAUCUACCCCAACCGCCGGUUCGCAUCGUCCACACAAACAGCACAAGGGCCGAAUCUCUUUCACUGUGAAGGAAGAAGAAGAGUUCAGAAGGAUGGCUUCGCUGUUGCUCAGAUCUGCCGCAGGCCGCGUUCUUGGGCGAUCAAUCCCGCUAGGGGUAGGCUCCUUCCGUCGGAGCCCAGGCCGGUUCCUCUCCGGUGGUGCUCAGAGGAUCGAAUCCAAGCAUUCUCACUCAAACUACACCCACUCCCCCAGGCCCGUUUUGAGAUAGCAUUGGAGAAGUAUAGCGAGAACUUGCAAAAGGCACAUGAAGCAACUCUAAGUUUGCUAGAACAGGAGAAACGCUUCGAGCAACAGGAGCAACAACAAAUGUUGUUGUUAUCGUAUUUCUUACUUCCCGCUGGUGCUGGAUUUUUCAUAUUUGGUCCAGACAAGAAGAAGGAAACACCCGAGGAGACCAUUGAAACCUCUACUUAGCGAAGUUUGCGGCGUUUUGAUUUGUACCUUGAACUAUGUUCUUAUGCAGAGUUAAUAAUUGUGAGCUUACCGUAUGGAACUAUGACAAGUUUUAAGUGCAAUAAUACUAGAAACGGGUAAAGCUGUCUAGUCGCAUCACUAGAAAUUAUUUAGUCUUAA